UUAAAAAAUAUGACUGGCAUUAAAACAUAUAUUUUAUCAGUGUUAUAUAUUUUCGUGUGUGGUAAUCGCUCAUUACAGUGGCCUCUACCGGAACAGUGCGGUAAAACUAGAUUUGACCUAAGAAAUGAGUUCAGAAUCAUUGAAGGCGAAGAAGCUUGCCUUGGAGAGUUUCCGUGGGCGGCAAGGUUAGGUGUUUUUAUGGGAAAAGACAGAAUAAGUUUUGUCUGCGCAGGAUCGCUCAUCAGUAAAUACUACGUUAUUUCAGCAGCACACUGUAUGCGAUCUAACAUGGUCAGACUGGGAGAGAACUACUUAGACACGGACCCAGACUGUAACGAUACAUGUGCUCCAAAGCCUCAAGAUAUAAAAAUAGAGAAUUACAUCAAACACGACCUUUACUCCUCUACAAGUCACACGUACGAUUACGCCCUGUUGGAACUGGAGAAGCCUGUGGAAUUUAAUGACUUUGUCCAUCCAAUCUGUCUACCACCUGCUCCAAUACCACACGAAGAUCUAAAGUCAGAACAUGUGUAUAUAGCAGGAUGGGGUAUAAUAAAUAGAACAGAAUUCACGCAAUACGCGACGAGAUUAAUGUACAUAACUGCCCCUAUAUUAGAUGCAAAGCCUUGCAAUGAAUUAUAUCAUCGUGAAUUAAUAGACAGUCAGCUUUGUAUAGGAUACCAAAAAGGUAAGGAUUCUUGUGCUGGGGACUCCGGUGGGCCAGUCUUUAAGGCUAUGACUAAGAAUAAACAGGAUAGGGCACAUUUAAUUGGAGUCGUGUCCUACGGAUUAAGAGCUUGCGGACAAGGCCCUGCUGUUUAUACGGACGUUUCUUAUUUCGUGCAAUGGACGUUGGAGAGAAUUAAGAAAAAAUGA